AUGGAAGCCGACGUGCUGAAUGCGUUGACUACGCAGACGGCGUACCUGCCCGGUGGCCGGGAUCGUGACGGACAUCCGCUGGUCGUGAUACCGGUCCCGUUCUACGACAGUUUGCCCUGGAUGAAGGGCUUCCUGGAGACGACGGUACAGUAUCUGCUGGCCAGCUUGAGCCCCGACACGGUCAGCAGUGGACUGGCCGUUAUUCUCGACGCCCAGAAGUGCUCGUGGCGUGUGGCACGCCAGUACAUCAGGCACGUCCAGCAGCUGCUGGGUGAACAUACGAACGAGUUUCUCGUAAUACGGCCGGACGCGUUUUGGGACAAGAACCGGGUCGAGAACUGUGCCCGGCAACACCGCAAAGGCGAGCCAACCAUCAUUUCGAAGUCACGAUUGAUGAAGUACUUCGACACCAGCGAGCUGCCGGAGGAGCUGGGCGGCGUCAUCGCUUACAACCACGACCAGUGGAUCCAGUCACGUGAGCGCAUCGAAGAAUUCCGAAAAUCCUACGAUAAAGCGAUCGGUGACCUAGAAAACCUGCAUCUCAUCUUGCUGGACAACCGGACGGUGCGGGCGAGCGAGUCGUCGGCGGCCCUCAAGUCGUGCCAGCAGCUGAACGUGGAUGUGCAAAAAUUUCUCUCCCUCGUCAUGGACGGUGGCAAGAAGCUGUUGUCCCAUUUGGGGGACCUGCACAGUGCACGGUCGGCCGUAUCACAGGAUCUGACCGACGCCAAGGGCCAGAUCGAAACCAUGCUGAACGCGCUCGAUCGCAAGCAAACGACGGUGAACGGAGCCCGAGGUGAGCUCGAACGGACGGUCGAAGUGCUGCAGGAGUUGGCUACGCUCGAGGAGGGUGUCUCACACGUCACCAACUGGAUCCUGACGACGGCCGAGUCGAUGCUGAACGCCCAGCUGAAGGUGGGCUACGACGUGGGCACGGCGGACAAACUGCGGCUCGAGCACGAGAUCCUCGAGCUGCAGUGCUGGAAAACGUACGGGUUCUACGCGGAGCUGCUCUACAAGAUCGACAAUUUGCCGCGCCACCAGCAGGACACGGCAGCGGCCCACCAGGACCUGCUGUCGCAGCGGGAGUGGAUGGACUUUGUGUGCCGCAGCUUUGCGCAGCGGCUCGAGCGGCGCCGGAACGUGCUGAUCACCUCGGUACGCUUCUUCCGCCUGGUGGCGGAGUACUUCGACAAGACGAGCGACGUGUUCCAGUCGCUCAUCAUGGGUGAACGGGUCGAGGACUACGCACUGGCGAGCUCGAACCUUCAGAAGCUCAAAGACAACCAAAUUAUGUUAGAACUGAUCGAAAGGGAGAUCAUUAAGGAGGGUGAGAAGCUGAGCGAUGUGCUGCUGAUGCCGGUGAAGGAUGCAGUCGGGCGGGAUAUCGACGUGGAUUAUAGUGACGACAUCAGCAACGUGCGGGAUAUACUGGAUGCGACCAAGUCGCGAUCACGCAUCUUCGCCGAGAGCGUCGAGCUGCAGAAACUGACGCUCGAUCAGAUUACGCACAUCUUCAAGUACGAAACGGACGCUCGGACCGCGGUCCAGUGGAUGGACGAUCUGUACAAGGUGAUGCUCCGGUCGCACACGCAUGUCGGCGCGAACGUGUACGAGAUCCAGGCGCAGAAGGACGAACACCAGUGCUUCCAGGAGACGGCCAAGGGCACGUACAACUACGGGUGCCAGCUGCUGAACGCUUCGCUCGCCCUGCGCCAAUCGUGCAAGCUCGAGACGGAACAAAACAUUACCAUGACCCAGGGGCUACAGGGCACGUGGAAGAGCUUCCAGGCGGUCAGCCAGGAGCAGAUGACGCGGCUGCGCGUGUCGGCCGUGUUUCACCGGAGCGUCGAGGAGCACUGCACGAAGCUGUUCGAGCUGAAGGACUGCGUGAUGCGGAUCGGUGAGAUCGAGGAGUUGGCCAAGCGGAAGGUUCGGCUGCGCAAGUAUCUGGCCACCCGGGAGCGGCUGCUUGUGGAGGUGGGCCGGAUGGUGCGGUUGGGCCGGCUGCUGAAGACAAGACUGAAGGAACCCUUCCUGUUGGACGACCGGGUGGACGCGCUGGCUAGUCCGGAGAACAUCAUUACAGAAAGUGAUAAUAUUAUGGCGUGUGAGGCGAUUACGACGCGCUUGACGGAAGUGGCCCGAGCCGCCGAGUCGCUCGAUAGUGUGCUGAGUGAUGUUCAGGGUAGCUUCGACGACGAGGUGGAAGAGCUGACGAGCAACGAGGUGCCACCGACUCCGACGCUGGCCAAGCGCAACGAUAGUGGCAACCAGAGCGAUGAUUGGAGCUCUAGUGUGAAGUCUACGGACGAGGGAUCGUUUGUGACGGCGUCCGAGUGCAUCGGCACUCCCCAGUCACGGUCUUCGUCCUACCAGACGGCCUCGGAGUGCCGAGCGUCGCCCUGGUGGGGAGUGGAGUCCAUCGAGCAGCAGAGCUCGCUCGAGAACGACUCCUCCGAGGAUCACGAUCCGGAGGCGUUUCCAUCGAUCAAACUGCUGUCCGGUGUGGUGAUGACUUCGAACGCCAACCUGUCGUUCGACGAGUCGGAACACAGCUUCCUCACGCCAACCCACGGGACGGCCAGUGUCGAUUCGCACCCCGACUCGGACGAUACCGUCCCGACGACGGUGACAACGGCGACGACGGAUUCGCAUCGCCAACCGAGCCCCCUCGAGACGAGCUCAGCCUCCAGUUCGGCGCUCAACUCGAUCAAUCGGCGCGAAAACUUGACGCUCUCGUUGACACCGGAGGAGCUGGAGCAGAUCGAGAACGACAUACGCAACAACAACCUCACCGCGGCGGCGGUGGUCGGGAUCGAGUUGGGCCAGCAGAUCAAGAGCACGCAGGUUACGCCGACCAGCGAAGAUAGUGGCAACGUGAGUACAAGUAGUGUUAAGCUGGAGCUGGAUGCGGAGGACGCGCUCGGUGGGCAAUCGGUGGGUCCGGAAGCCCGGUUAACCGACGCUACCGCCGGGUUCGAGCCAGUCAAGGGUCCGACGGACAUUUCUGGGCUCACGUAUUACUACCAGAACAUCAUCACCAAGCACACGGUGAAGAGUUGUUUGUGA